CUCUGUAACUUUUCAACUUUUCACUCCGGCCACGACCACAUCAGACCGCACUUAUCGUUAGUAAAUUGUCGCACAAGCGCGACGUAGAUAGAAGGCGUAUCUCUAACCCUAGUCUAGUUGAGUCUAGUAUGGUCUAGUAGUUGUCAAGUUGAAAAGUGACACGGACGAACGUCUUUGCGCUUUAUAUUGUAUAUUCAUAUAAGAGUCGAUGUAACGUUAAUCAUUUUUGUAGCCAUAGUGAAAUAGUGAAACGCAGCAAGUACGCGAAAUGCGUUCGAGAGGAUUGAUCGUCGCGAGAAAAAGAACUUCAAAGAUAUCUUCCGAAAAAACAUCGGAGAAUAUUACAUCCGCAAAGUUAUAAGAAUAUCCUGUUUAUCAUGUUACGAUAUCGGUAAAUACGAGUGAAUGAAAAUGUAUAAGGAAGGAGUUUGCGCGCAUGCAGUUGAGCGUUGGGGAUGUGUGUGUGUGUGUAACGCAGGAGUGAGAUGCAGAUGGUGGGAGUGAAAAAGCGCAAGGCGAACAAGAAGGAAUAGGUUAAAGAUAAGAGAAAAGAAAAAUACGUAAUCAGGAAGAAGAACGUGGGUGUAACCGACGAUACUAUUCCGAAAUGCGAUUCAACAAGCAAGAAUUGUUGACUCUGGCUACGCAACCUUCGCAAAAAUUUGAGAAAGAGGGUAUAUUGUACGUACGCGAGCGACAAGAAGGCUUCUUUCGCAGAUCUGAGAAGCCCAUCAUUUAUUUGCGCUCCAAAACAUGAGACGACAACUACGACGAAAACGAAGACAACGUCUCUUCUGUGUUUACCGGUAUAUGUACCAGGCUAUAAAUCGUUGGAACGAAAUCGAAUGCAAACUAAAUAAACGUGUACAGGUAAAAAAUCAGACAACAAAUGUCAAAAGGGAAAAACGCAUAAGACACUGCGAGACCUCAGUUGCGUUACAGCCAGUACGAGUAAAGUUUGGAGAGAUGGUGCAGAUUACGAGGCAAUCUCUUGUUUUAUUUCAAAUCGCGAGAACAGUGGUCGGAACCGUUGGGAGUAAUAAUAUUGGAACAAUGUUUCGUUCGAGUAGAAGAACCGAGCAAUCAGAUGCCAUAUGGAUUCAGCAUAGUGUUCGACGGAGGUUUGUUUCAAGCGUUGGGCGCCAACUCGGCCGAAGAGAGAGACAGUUGGUUGCAGGCUCUUCAGUUGGCCAGCUACGAAUGCAUGAGAAGUCAAUUGUUGGCGUUGCAGCAACGAAUAGAAGCGUUUAGCGGUCACAAGCACGAUACGGAUAUUCAAAUGUUGCGACUACAACGUGGCAUAUCAACAGAUCCCGCCGAAAUACCAAUGUGCGAGAUAUCAUUGGCCUGCGACAAUCUACUUUGCGAUGGUCACGGUCGACCACCUAAUCCGGUUCUCGAGAUAGACGUUCAAGUAAAAGGUUCGAAGACGUGGAUCAAGUACGCGCGAACAGAAGUAGUCGAGCGAAGCAGCAAUCCCGGUUUCUUAACGACCGUCAGCUUCAGAGGUAACGACGGUUUAACCAGCGAAACGAAAGCAAGGAUAACCGCGUUCGAUGUCAGGGAACGAGUGAGUCAAACCGCAACCCCGAUAGGAAGCGCUAUCGUCACUCUGAACGCGAUCCAAGACACGCCCAGAUUGAGGAUACCUUUAAAGUCCGCGAAAACCACCACCGUUGGUUUCUUAACGAUCAACGUAUGGAAUUUAGAGGCGGAGGACAGAGGAAACAGUACGGAGAGUACACCGUCGAAGGAACCUGCGUCUGGAACGAAUCAACAGCUACUUUCGCACAGACGGUCCCAAUCGUUGCCACCUAGACUGGGAACAAAAAUCAAGUUGCCCCAUCAGGGCCAACUGAAACUUCUUUUUGCCAAUCCAUAUAUACAAACUUACAGAUUUCACUCCGGCUUAGGCGGCGAUAUUUGCGUUCACGAGAUCAUGGCCGAGAGUAAACUUUCUUUUCAAUUCCCGCAACAUUUACUGGCGAUCUGGAUCCAAGAAGAAAAAGAAUUGCUACAAGAAGUGGCCGGUAUGGGUGAACUACGAGAACCUUGGCACAGCAAACAAGUCGAGCUACUCGAUCGUCAUCUUCAUCUUUUGCAUCUUUACUCACAGGCUAAGGAGAACUUGGCUGCCUUUAAAGGGAGUUACUUUAAACGAUCGUCGCGGAAAAACGACAGAACGCUCGAAUUUGCACCGUUGAAUUUACAUCUGCAAAGAAUUUGGGUCCACAACGACACCCUGAACAAGUGUGGAUUUUAUGACUUUAUCACCGUAGGAGCGUUUACCGCACACUCGCAUAAAAGUAAAAAUGGAGGUCUCAUAAGGCUGUUGCAGGCUCUGAAAGAAUCGCCAACGCGCGGCAACCAGUUUUAUCAAGGAACAUCGAAAAUAACGAUGGCUCACGAUGCCAUUCAAGCGAUCAAACAACUUCGACGGGACGUGGUCGAAGCGAUGCGCGCCCUGAUGAAGCUCGCCAAGGCGAAACAAACUAGCGGAAUGUUGCCGAUUUGCGAAGACAUGAUCACCAAAACCAGAAUCCUUCUUAGUCUUUGGGAUCCGGGUUUGGUCGAAGAAGCGUUAACCUUUCUAGAAGAGUACAAGGUAGCCAAAGUUCACGACGACGAUGGAAACGAGGAUCCUCUAAAUUUGGAUUUCAAAACGAAUCACUCUUUGUCUCCGUUCAAACGAAUUACUCAGCAAUUAAAUUUCGAUCUGAAAAGUCCGGAUCUGGAUGAUUUUGUAACUCCCGAUACUCCCGAAUGCGUUCAAGAUUUAUGGGUAAAGAGAAGCGAAAAUCGAAAUGGUUACGCAACUUUGCCCUCGAAAAGCAGCGACGGCUUGAACGCGGACCGGUCAAAUUCAAACAACCUCGACCUCGUGGAAAAACAUUCCAAGAAUACGAUACACGAGGAAACGAAUCAAAGCGUCGUCGAUGAUGCGGAAAAUAAUUACACCGAAAACCAGAAAGAGAAAGAGAAAGAAGAAAAGAAUAGGGAUGAUGGAAACGAGGAAGAAAACUCGAUUGAUAAUGAUACUGCUGUCAUUCGACUUGACAACGACGACGACAACAACGACGACGACGACGACGACGACGACGCCGACGACAACAACGACGACAACGACGACAACAACGAUGAUAUCAACGAGGAUAAGAACGAAAACAACGGAGAAAGGGAAGAGACGAAAGGCGAUAUCGAUCCGUGCAAACGAUUCCUAGACACUCAAAAGAUGUGCAAUUCACCUUCCGCUAAUUAUUACAAGCCGACCGACGAACCAGAACCGUGGGACUUGACGCAACUAAACAUUGAAGCGAGCGUAAUGUGUUUAGUAUCGAAGGUAAAGUUUCUUUGCGGAAGAUGCAGUAGCCCCGCUGUACGUUUAAGAAAUAAAAACAGCGUGGGAAGAGCGCAGAGUAUGAAGAAAUCUGUUGCAACUAAUCGUAACAAAAGCGUGAAAGUGGUGACUAUUCAGCCAAAAAACGAGGCCAAGAACGAGGAAUCCAGCAAGCUUUUAGAAAACGUAGAUAAUCGUUCAAAUUUACGACAAUACCCAAGUCCAGUCUCUGAGAUGACUAUGCCAGCUUUUUCUAAAGCCAAAGAAGUGUGCCAAGCGGUCGAUUCGAUGACCAGAGUGAUCAAGAGCAACAGUACCGGACAAAGAAACAAAUUCACCGAGGGUUUGGAUUUUGCGUCCAUCGUCGAUUGGACGAGCGAACUUAGGCCGAGCAUGAAGAAAUUACGACAAGCAAUGGACGGUUUACUGAAAACCGCCAGAUUGACGCAUUCGGUGUUUCGAGUGCAGGAAGAUUCGAAAAUGGCUCAGCGAACGUGUAACGUUCGAUACAGACGAGACGUGUGCUUCAGCCAGGCGUUAACCAGUUUGGUAACUGGGAUAAUGGCGAAACUUUGGUGUCAGAGGCCAGAUCCUAUGUUUCUGUUGAUUUUAACCACUCUUGGUCCGUUGGUCUCGUUCGAGGGACUUCUUAGUUAUUACGGAGACGAGAUAGACAUGUGGGGAGACAUGACCGUUGCGAUCGAAGACACGCAUACGGUAACGUUUACGUUAAUCAGGUGCGGUAUCGAACAAAGGCUGGAAGGGAAUUGCAGCGUUCCGUUUCAACAACCGAUGCCGCGUGUAGUUGGUUCUCGCGUGGCUCUGACGGUGUUGCUUCCGGUACCGGACGCUAUAUAUUCCUUGCUACCGUUGGUUCCCUCUUCUAGACAAACGAUCUCUUUUAACGUAACGCCAGUUUUCUUUAACGUCGGUAUCAACGAAAUGGCCUCUUUGGCAGAGAGUCUCGGUACGACAAAACCACAGGAAAAGAGUAACAUGGAUAACUUUGAAAGAUUAAACGAAUAUUAUUUGCGAUUCAAGAAGCUCAAUCUACCGACGGAAACGGCAUCGACUCGUCUGGGUGCGAGAUCGCCGCUUGGUCAAACGUUACCAGAGUUGUUGACCGAUCUAAAGGCAAGCGUUCAAGCGAAAGUAAACAAAAACGUGAAAAUUUUACAAUUAUCGUCGCAAAUUUGCCGACGGAUGCGCGGAUUGAGGUUCACCAGCUGUAAAAGCGCCAAGGACCGUACCGCGAUGUCGGUCACUCUGGAGCAAGUAAACAUAUUGAGCAGCGAGUACCAUUUGGCCGAACACGAAUACACCAGAGCGCUCGACUGUAUGCGAAGCGAGGGUUGUCGACGAGAGAACACUUGGAAGAACAUCGGAAUACGAAAGUAUGCGUUCAACAGUUUGCAAAUUCUUACGUUUCCAAAGUUGUAUCGUCCGCCGACGGGAACGUAUGGAUCAGCGCAAACAUAAAUCAAUUUUUUCGUGUUUAGUUGAAAAAUUUCACUAAAUGUACCGGAAUUCGAAAAGUUACUGGAAAGUUUAAAGGAAAAAAUGAAAGAUUGAUAAGGACUUGUCUUUGUUUGCCAUAGAAUGAGAAAAAGGAGAAUGCCAUUUAAUUGAAAAUUCAAGUUGCGAUAAUUAUUAUUAUUAUUAUUAUUAAUUAUUAUUAUAUUUAGACAACGAUGUAGUAAUCGUUCAUUUCUGUACAUAGGGUUUUACUCGAAGAAACGAGACUGUAGAUCAGACGAAACGUCUAAGUCUAAAGCCUAGAGUCUAAACUGUCUAAACUGUUUAACGAGAAAGGGAUAAAGGUUUUCCUACGUUGAGUAUAAGAAACGCUGCGCGUUUAUAACGAAGAAGGAUAAAAAAAAAUAUCGAUGCGUCUUUUACCAAGUGGGAACAGACCAAGAUCCUUUUAAUUUUUCUCGACGCAGAAAAGAUACGUAAACGCGAAUUUUGAAUAGGUAGGCUCGAACUGGAUUCGUCAAGAUUUGACGAAAUUAGAGAAAAUUAGCGUGCGAGAAGGUUGUAAGGACGCGUUCAAUUCCAGUAGAAGCAUAGAAACUUAGGAUCUUGUUUUCACAGGAUACAAGUUGUUUCAAAUAAAUUAUUGACCUCUUA